UUCUGAACAAUCAUAAAUAACCUUCUGCUCAUAAUUGUCAUAUUCCAAAAUAUUUAAAAUUUUUAGGUUUUCACUAAUAAAAAUGAAAUGUAUAAACAAAUUUUACGUACACUAGACAUGGCUUCAAAAAACGUUUCAAAUGUAGGUGUAUCUUGUUUAAGAAAUACUGUAAAAUUUAAAAACAUAACAAAGAUAUUUGAAGUUUGGUUUAAUAUUGAAAAUUAACAUGAAUAAUCGUGUCCUUCAUACGAUGUUUCUUGAAAACUGCCCAGCUCACGAAUAGACAACACUUAACUGAAUAUAUUUUGGGUAACAUCAUAUUUCAUAACAGUGAAUAUUUUGACCGACUCACCAUUUAUUUUUUUUUUGAGUCAGUCUAAUGUACAUACGUACAUAUUUGUUUUAUUUUCUUUUAAAUGUGGAAACCAAUAUAUCCAUUGAUAAAGUUUAAACAAACCGUAGCUCAUAAACAUAUAAUAAUAAAAUGCUGUUGUACGUGACAGUUUAAAAACUGUUUGCUAUUGCUGACGCACAAGUCAGUAGCUAGCCUUACGCCGGCAUCCUAAAUAAACAAAAUAUAGAUGUGUAUGUUGUAAUGUUUACGUACAUACUACAUAAAUGUAUGUAUGUACGUUUAUACAUUUACGUUGAUAUGUACUUUAUGUUGGACUUUUUUUGUUGGCAACAGGUUUACAGUACCGAUCAUGGGCUUGUGUUGUACAUACGAUACAAGCCCUUCUAUUUAUUGUUAAGAAAAACGGAUUGCAAGCUAAAUUUGUUAAGGCGAUUACUUCCAGUCGUUAAAAGUCAUUCGAUCGUUGAUUGUCAUACGCUUAUACAAAUACCUACGGAGGUAUAUUCGCUUAAAAUAUUUUACAUAAUAACGCAGUAAUGCAAUAUUAGGAUAAUAUGCAUUCUAAUAACAAGUGGAAAAUUAAAAUUUUAAUUGCAUUAUUGAGCAUAUGAAGUAAAAAAUAUUAAUCAAGCAUGUGUUUUAAGCGAAAUAAACGUCAAAUUAAAAAAUGCAUACAUUCAUUUACUUGGCACAAGAAAGCUAAAAUGAAUCGAACAGAUUUAUUUGUGGUGAUAGUAAAAUUUGCUAAUAUUUUAUUAAACAUUAUCAUAUUAAUUUUCUUAAAUAGCUUCGGUCCGGCACAAGCAGUUUUUAUUACUCUCCGUAAUAAUAGAGAAGUUAUUAUAACUGAUGCGGUGAAGCGAAUACAUCAUGAUGGAUUUCCGUCUGAACAUCACACAGUUCAAACAAAAGAUGGUUACGUAUUGACAUUGCACCGAAUACCAUUUGUGCAGAAAUUACCUAAUGAUAAAACUCACGUUUUGCGCAGACCUGUUGCACUUUUAUUGGCUGGAAUCUAUGCCUCCUCAGAUGCAUGGUUGUUAAAUGGACACGAGAAUUCAUUGCCAUAUUUGCUUUCACGUAGUGGUUUUGAUGUUUGGCUUGGUAACAAUAGAGGCAAUAUAUAUUCUAAACAGAAUGUAUUUUACAAUACCACGGACCCGAAAUUUUGGAACUUUAGUUGGCAUGAGAUGAGUGUUUAUGACAUGCCUGCAAUUGUUGAUUAUAUUCGAAUGUAUACAGGUGAACAAAAAAUGCAUUUCAUUGGUAUAUCACAAGGUGGCACAAUUUUUUUAGUGCUCAAUUCUAUGUUACCUCAAUAUAAUAAUGCUUUUAAAACAGCAACAUUGCUGGCGCCAGUGGCUUACGUAAGUAAUACAAAAGGUAGUUUGGCCAAAGUAUUUGGUCCGUUAUUGGGGACACGAAACUAUGUGUCAAAGGUAUUGGAGAAUGUAGAAAUGGUUUCCACAAAUAAGUAUGUCAAAAAAUUGCUUUCGAUGGCUUGUUUAGAAAAUGAAAAACCUUUGGUUUGCGUGAGCCGUUUGUGGCCAGCAGCUGGUUAUGAUACUCAACUGUUAAAUAAGACACUUAUUCCUGAUAUUAUGGCAAACUUUCCGGUUGGAGGAUCAUUUAAACAAAUUAUGCACUACUUUCAAGGCUACAUGUCCAAAAAAUUCCGUCAAUAUGAUUAUGGACCAGAACAAAAUUAUUUAAACUACCGUCAGCUAGUACCACCAGAAUACACUUUGGAAAAUGUCGUGGUGCCAAUUAGCAUAUUCUAUGCCGAAAAUGAUUAUAUUGUGUCGGUUGAAGAUAUUUGGAAAUUAAUUAGACGAUUAAAAAAUAUCAGUGCGAUAUACAAGUUACCACCAAAAAGAUGGAAUCAUUUUGACUUUAUAUGUGGAUUAGGCGUAAGAGCAUUUAUUUUCGAUAAAAUAGUUAAUAACUUAAGUUUAUAUGAACUGUAUUAAAUUUUUAAUGUCUUUCUUCUUUAUUUAUUUAAAUACAUAUUUGAUUUUCACAAAAUCUGAAUAUUUUCGGAGCAAUAAA